CAUGGGUCAACUUGAACACACUGUGCAAAACCAGAGGCGCUCGCAUGUCACUGAGAGAAGAAACAAAACAAGGGUAGCGUCACGUGUGCUGUAGUUGGACACUCGUCAGGCUUUUUUUAGGGUUGGAAUGCGCAACCAUCGGCCUCGCUGUAAAUUCUAAGACCAUAACAACGAACGUCACAGCACCUUUCUCCCUAAACACUACCUCCUGAAACUUUUGCAGAAGAACAGAAAGAGGCAAGCAAGAAAGGGGGAGGGGGAAGGUCCGAAAAUGACAAGCUUUUGCGUUUUGGCCUGCAACUUUCCCAGGUUCAAGAAACAGAUUGAGACUGAAUGACACAGACAAGAAGGAGUGGAGAAUGGACAGACAAACACCAGAGUUCUAUCAGUACAAUGACUGGGAGCUUUCUUCAAACCUUCUCUCCCAGCUCAAUGGCCUGAGGCAGGAGAAGAUCUUUACGGAUGUCCUCCUCUGUUCGGAUGGCGAGGAGAUCCCUUGCCACAGGACUGUCCUGGUGUCUAGCAGCCCCUACUUCCGGGCCAUGUUCUGCAGCAACUUCCGGGAGCGCCACCAGGCCAGGGUCGACCUGAAGGGCAUCAACCCUGAAGUCCUCGGCAACAUUGUGGACUACGUGUACACGGGCUCCGUCAGCAUCACCAUAGAGAAGGUCCUGCCCUUGAUGCAGGCCGCCUCCAUGCUGCAGUACCCUCGGCUCUUCGAGGCCUGCUCCACCUUCCUGCAGGAGCAGCUCAACACGGACAACUGCCUGAGCAUGAUGCGGCUGUCAGAGAUCCUCCACUGUGGGAGCCUCCGGGAGAAGGCCCGGGACAUGGCCGUGUGCAGCUUCUCGGAUGUAGCCGCUUCAGAGGACUUCCGGGAGCUCCCCCUGCCGGAGCUCAUGUGCUACCUGGAGGACGACCGCCUGUGUGCCGAGGAGGAGCAGGUGUUCGAGACCCUGCUGGCCUGGAUCCACCACGACCCCUUCUCCCGCAGCGGCGCCAUCCACGACCUCUUCACCAAGGUGCGGCUGCGCUACAUCCACCCCACCUACCUCUUCCAGUUCAUCGCCAACGACCCGCUCAUCCAGUCCUCCACCCUCUGCACGGAGAUCAUCGAGUCGGUUCGCCGGCUCAUGUUGACCGUCAGCUCACAGUGGGCCGGGGAGUUGGGCCCAAUGUGUGUGGCGCCUCGCCGCUACACCUGCCGCGAGACGCUGGUGGUGGUUGGUGGGCGCAAGAACAGCGAGCAGACAUCCCGCGAGGCGCUGCUCUACGAUGAGCAGACCCAGUGCUGGCAGCGGCUGGCCAAGCUGCCUGUCCGGCUGUACCGUGCCGCCUACGUUUGCAUCCACAGCAUCCUGUACGUGCUGGGCGGACUCACCAUGGGCGCAGGGGAAAGCGUGGUCAGCGCCACCGUCUACACCCUGUCCCUCAAAACCAACCAGUGGAGGAAGGCCGAGCCCAUGCUGAGGCCCCACUACGCCCACCAGAGCGUCUCCUACCUGCACUUUAUCUUCGUCUUGGGCGGGAUCGGACCCGAUAAGCAGAUCUCUGGCACGGUGGAGAGGUACAACAGCAUGUUCAACCUGUGGGAGCCCAUGGCCGCCAUGCCCACACCUGUUCUCCACCCGGCUGUGGCUGCCGUUGACCAAAGGAUCUACAUCUUCGGAGGGGAGGACGCCAUGCAGAACCCUGUCAGGAUGAUACAGGUGUACCACAUCACUCGGAACCUGUGGUCCAGGCUGGAGAACAGGACGGUGAAAAACGUGUGUGCUCCUGCUGUCACCAUAGAGGACAAGAUCUACAUCUUAGGAGGGUACACAAGGAGAGUGAUUGCCUACGACACCAAAACCAAUACGUUUGUCAAAUGCAAAAGCAUGAAGGAGAGGAGGAUGCAUCACGCUGCCACCGUGAUCAACAACAAGCUGUACGUGACAGGGGGUCGAUACAUCACCGGCCAUGAUGUCAUCGAGGACUCAGACAGCUUUGAGUGCUACGACCCCAAGACAGAUGCAUGGACCUCCAAAGGGACGCUGCCAUAUAAGCUCUUUGAUCAUGGCUCUCUUCCCCUCUUCUGUGUCUCCAGCAAACCUGAACCACCCUGAAUUUCGUGGGAAUUUUUCUUUUUAUAACUAGUUACAAUUAGAGAACAUUUUGAUGGGAUUUCCUCAUACUACAUGUCCAUUCAAAAUGUGUUUCAAAAUGGACUGAAUGAAAGGCCCUGUGGUAUGUCUUAAAUCAGAAGACGAGUCAAGGCAUCACACUGGCCUUGAGAGUGUGUUGAAAUCUCUUAGAUAAACAACUGCUCCGCAGUAUGUCUUCACACUAACCUUUAGAAAAACUGGCUAGCUCUCCUUGGAAAGUAAUCUUUGUUCAUAGGCCUGUUCAAGGAUGGCCUAUUACACUUGCCGUGUUGUUCAUUAGCAUCGUAGUACAGGAAAGACCACACAUACAUUUUUUUCAUAAAAACGGUUUCCUUUAAAUUGUACGUCAACGCCUUUAGCCUUAUCAUUUGCCAUACAAUCCCCAACAAAAAGGCUUAUUUCCAUUCUCAGCAAAGUCCUUUGCUUAUUCCAGAAACACACUUCCUCUAUCAUUUAAAUGGGAGUACAAAGCCAUGAAAUCAUGAAGUAAGUGUUGAUUCUACCCUAAACACAGUACAAGACAACAUGUUUUGGUUUGUCAGGGUCAUAUGAAAACUGUGAUAACCAGUAUAAUUUCAUUUAUUUUAAUAGAAUACAGUCACUAAGCAGUUUUCAAGUAUCCUAGCAGCAGGUUUACAACAAACAAUUUAAACAAAACAAGUCUGUUACAUAAAUGUAUAUAGGGUAUGCUUAAUAUAGUUACUGCUCGCAGUAUAUUUAUAGAUAUUUUGAAUGGAGAACAAAGUGCAAGUUUAGAUAGCUGAAGAUAAACUCGCAGCUGGAAACAGGACACCUGUGACAUCAGGACAACAUGAUCACUAUGACAUUGAAUCAAAGUGAGGCUGUUGCUCUACUAGCCCUUGACAGCCACUAUCACCAUGGAAACUCUGGGUCACCAGGUGCUGUCUGUUUCUGCUUGCCUGUGUAUGCUGUGGUUGCUGUCCACACAAAUCCUCUUCAGAACCCCAACUGACCUAGUUGCUUUCCCGCUACAGAUGAAACCCUUCUCAUUUUUCAGUGUAUCCAGAUGAUGGUAUUUACUUACCUUUGUAUAUUUAUUGCUUUCCUGUGUUUUAUAACUAUUUCAUGAAAGUGUAUUACUAUAAAAAUUAUAAGUAGAGAAAUAGUUUGCUAUGGUUGAUUUUACAGUAAAUAUAUAUUUUUAAGGCAAAUGAAGAACACCUCAUAAUGUAAAUAGCGGCACAUUAGCUUUUGUGCGACCUCUUCAUGGAGGUCCGCCUGUGCUACAUCCACCCCUCCUACCUCUUCUUAGCGGGCACAAGAACAGCGAGCAGACAUCCCGCGAGGCGCUGCUCUAUGAUGAGCAGACCCAGUGCUGGCAGCGGCUGCCCAAGCUGCCCGUCCUGCUGUACCGUGCCGCCUACGUCUGCAUCCACAGCAUCCUGUACGUGCUGGGCGGACUCACCAUGGGCGCAGGGGAAAGCGUGGUCAGCGCCACCGUCUACACGCUGUCCCUCAAAACCAACCAGUGGAGGAAGGCCGAGCCCAUGCUGAGGCCCCACUACGCCCACCAGAGCGUCUCCUACCUGCACUUUAUCUUCGUCUUGGGCGGGAUCGGACCCGAUAAGCAGAUCUCUGGCACGGUGGAGAGGUACAACAGCAUGUUCAACCUGUGGGAGCCCAUGGCCGCCAUGCUCAGCAAAAUCCUUUCCUUAUUCCACAAACACACUUCCUCUAUCAUUUAAAUAGGAGUACAAAGCCAUGAAAUCAUGAAGCAAGUGUUGAUUCUACCCUAAAACAGUACAAUAUAAAAAACAUUUGUUUGUCAGGGUCAUAUGAAAACUAAUAUCAUUUAAUUUAUUUUAAUAGAAUACAGUCACUAAGCAGUUUUCAGAUUUCCCCUAGUAUCCUAGCAGCAGGUUUUGAACAAACAAUUUAAACAAAAAACGUAGUCUGUUACAUAAAUGUAUAUAGGGUAUGCUUAAUAUAGUGACUGUUUCUGCUUGCCUGUGUAUACUUUACUGUUGUUGCUGUCCCCUCAAAUCCUCUUCAGAACCCCAACUGACCCAGUUGCUUUCCCGCUACAGAUGAAACCCUUCUCAUUUUUCAGUGUAUCUAGAUGAUGGUAUUUACUUACCUUUGUAUAUUUAUUGUUUUCCUGUGUUUUAUAACUAUUUGAUAAAAACGUAUUACUACAAAAAUAUAUGAGUAGAAGAAUAGUUUGUUGUCAUCUCUCAUAUUGGUGAUUUUGCAGUCAAUAUUUUUUUAUGGCAAAUGAAGAACACCUCAUAAAGGAAAUAGCUGCACAUUAGCUCUUCGGUGACUUUUAUGGCAAUGCAGUACAAUAAAACAAACAAUGAAAGUGCUAUUUUGUUCAUUGCUGGGGCAAUGAACACCUCAGUGUUCAUUACAAGUAACCAUUGCUUUUUUUGAAGAGGUGUUAUCGGCUUCAUGCUGUAUGCUGUAGUAAUUAAAUGGCAUCUGCUGUGGCUCAACUGAGGCUGACUGGUUGAGGGUAUCUCAGGUGUCAUGUUCAUCAGUCUCAGACAGUUAUGUGUUUUUAUGACAGAGCACUUUGAUACUCCAGGGAUGAGUGCAAACAACAUGCCCAGACAUGCUAGUACAAGUUGAGCAAGAGGACACAUCUUGGGGCCUGUUCCACAAAGCAGAAUUGCUGAAUUAGCUAGAUAACUGCACAAACUAAAACCCAAAACAUUGUUCCAAAUCUGGGUACAGUACAGUUAUCCGGUACUCAGUAAUCCUGCUUUGUG